AUGGCCCUCACUUUUCCGGCCAUGUUCUCGCUCGAGAAUAGGACCGCCGUCGUCACAGGCGCGACAAGAGGUAUUGGAGCCGCAAUGGCUGUGGCCCUGGCAGAGGCUGGGGCUGACAUCGUUUUGGUCCAGGUAGUGACAGACCCCCGACACACUGAGGACGGCGAGGGUUGCUCACUGGAACAUCCAUCUAGAGACGACACCAACACGACGACAAAAACCGCCAUCGAGGCCCUCGGCCGCAAAGCCUCCAUCUACACGGCCGACCUGGCCUCACAGUCCGAGGUUUCCAGCCUCGCGCCCAAAAUCCUCAACGAAGGCGGCCACGACGUGUCCAUCCUGGUGACGUGCGCGGGGAUCCAGCGACGGCAUCCCGCACACGAAUUCCCCCUCGCGGACUGGGACGAGGUCGUCCAGGUGAACCUGCGGAGUGUCUUCACCCUGUGCCGCGACUUUGGGGCGUAUAUGCUCACGCGACCUCUCCCGACGGGUGGUGGGAGAAGGGGCUCCAUCGUCAACAUCGCCAGCCUGGUCAGCUUCUCCGGCGGGCUGACCGUCCCUGCCUACGCGGCCGCAAAGGGCGGCAUCGCCCAGCUCACAAAGGCCCUCAGCAACGAGUGGGCCGGUCGCGGGGUCAACGUCAACGCCAUCGCGCCGGGUUACAUCCACACGGACAUGAACGAGGCGCUCAUCAACGAUGAGACCCGCGCCAGACAGAUCCUCGAGCGCAUCCCUAUGGGUCGGUGGGGGACGCCGGACGAUUUCAAGGGCGUGGUCGUCUGGUUGGCCAGUCCGGCGAGUGCGUACGUCUCGGGCCAUGUGCUCGUUGUUGAUGGGGGGUGGAUGGGGAGGUAG